GUGUUGGUGCGCGUGUCCCGUGUGCGAGAGGGAAGGAAGGAAGAAAAAAGAGGGGGAUGAGCUCCGCCGCCUCGUCGUCGCCGGUGCCGCCGGAGGACGACGUCUGCUCGGUCUGCCACGACCGCUUCCGGAUCCCCUGCCAGGCCAACUGCUCCCACUGGUUCUGCGGAGAGUGCAUCAUCCGUGUUUGGAAUCAUGGAGCUGCUGUACAGCCUUGCAAAUGUCCCAUUUGCCGCCGCCUUAUAAAUCUGCUGGUACCUGCUAAUAUAUCAGAGGAUCAGAAUGAUGAUCCUCAACUUCACCGUGUUUUGGGAGAGAUUGAGCACUAUAAUCACAUAUUUGGUGGAGCACCACGUAGCUUAACUCAGAGGUUGCAAGACCUACCGUUCUUCAUGCGAAGACUGUUCCGGGAGCUAAUGGAUCCGCAGAGGACCCUUCCGCUUGUCUUUAGGGCGAGGAUGAUUCUGAUGGUGGUCCUGAGCGCAGUCUACGUCCUGAGCCCGGUGGACAUCCUUCCUGAGAGCGUUCUGGGGCUAUUCGGGUUCUUCGAUGACUUCCUCAUCCUGGUGAUCGUGUUCCUCCACCUCGCCGCCGUCUACCGGUCGUUGCUUCUCUACCGCCACGGAGGCCACCUCGCAUAGCACUCCAUAGCUGAGGGCUGCUGCUGUCCUGACAGCUUUGAGGGCCCGAUUCGUACGGGAAUGUUUGCCGGGUUGUUGGAUGGGUGUGUUGGAUGGAUGGCUACGACAUAUUUAGGCUGCUUUGCCUUGCCUGUUCCGUGAGUAGAGGUGCUGUAUUUGGUUUGCUGGAUGGAUCAUGGACGUGGACAUUGUACCUUAGCUCAUUGUCAGUGUUAGUCCCAGGAAAAAGAACAAGAGGGAAAGUUAUUGUUUAUUCUCC